AGCUUUUGAUUGCCUAAUUUGAAUAUGAUUCUAUGUAUGAGUACUGUAAGCAUCUUAUUCAAUUGAGGCAAUUGACGCUCAAAGUGGGUUUUUGUGUUACUAUCUUCUUUAAAGGUUCUUAUUACCGUUCGCGUAAGAAAUCAGUAAGACUGUUAAUAUUUUAGAUGAAACCUUAUCAGUCACCUGAAAGACAGAGGUACAAUGAGAAAAUGAACAAAGACACGUCGCAGUUGGACAGCGUUAAUAAGCUAUUUACGGAGAAAACUUUGGAGGAAAUUCUGGAAAAGGCUACGGGAAAACCACGACCAAGGAUAUUAGGUUGGUCCUUUGGAGGAGGAUUUACCAAGGGUGAUAACUACUUAUCAACGGUAAACAGAAUCACUGUCAAGGGAAUCGUAGAGAACGAGGAAGUGGAAGUCAAGCUCGUCGUGAAGUCAUUGCCACAAAAUUUAGGAAGAAGGAAUACGUUCAGGAGCACAGAAUUCUUUUACAAUGAAAUCAUCUUUUAUGAAAAGAUAAUCCCAGAGUUUGAGAAGUUUGUCAAAUCUAAAGGCCAGGCUUAUUUAUUAUGUGUGCCUCGCUGUUUAGCAUCCCAUCUAGAUGGGCAGAACGACUAUAUUGCGCUUGAGGAUGUUAGUCCUUUGGGUUUUACUGCAAUUACUCGACAGAGCUGUCUGAAUUUUGAAGAAUGUAAAGCCAUUUUAGAAGCUCUUGCGAGGUUUCACUCGAUUUCUCUUGCGUACAAAAAUGAAAAGCCAGAUACGUUUAAAGAGAUAGCUCACCAAUUAAACGAAACUUAUUACCACUCACGGCUGUGGUAUUGGUAUGAGAAAUUUCAUAGCGUGUUGGUAAGAAUUGCCAAAGAUGCAGUGCAUAAAGAAUAUCCCGGAAGUAAAGUCGAGAAGCGAUUUAACGAGUACACGUCUGAACAGCUUUUUCUUCGAAGUGUAGAGCUCUGCGGACGAAUCGAUGCACCAACUUCUGUAAUCAGUCAAGGAGAUUCUUGGGGUCCAAAUUUUUUGAUAAGAAAGACUCCAGAGAACACGCAAGAGGUUCUAAUGUUGGAUUUCCAACUGGCGCGAUGCGCAAGUCCCGUUCUUGACAUUUCAUUCUUCAUUUAUUCGUGUACUGAUAAGAAUUUGCGGGAUGAGCACUUUGACGAUUUAUUAGAAGUGUAUCAUGCCGAGCUUACAAAGUCAAUUACCUUGCUUGGCUCAAAUCCUGCGACGAUUUACCCAACAAGUAUUUUUCUGCAGGAGGUGAAAGAGCAAUUUAUCCAUGGUUUUACUUUUGCCUUGGAAUCUGUAACUUUUGGUGUAUUGGACGAGACUUUCGAUUUAGAUGUCAUCGCUGGUGAUAAGAGGAUUGACAUAGCCGAUGUGUGGAAGUUAUCUAACAUUAAAUCGCAAGAAGGUAGACAGCGCCUUUCUGAUGUAAUUCUUCACGCGGUGGAGCGAGAAUUUAUAUGAUAUGAAUUCUAGUUAAUUUACACUUGGGUGAAUCCAGAUAUAAAAUGUAAUAAAUUAAGUAAAUAAUUUUUAAACUUAUCCUGAGAAGGAUAACAUCGGACAUUCGCUAAACGAGAAUUGCAAAUGAAAUAAUUGAUAAAUAUUAUCAUUUUUUAAGAAUAAGUUAUGGAAUUACCGUUUAUAAGUAACAAUUUUAUAAUGUAUUACAUACUUGUUAGAUG